AUGCUGUCCCUGCCGCCCGCCUUCUGCGCGGGGCGCGAGCAGGCCUCACCCGCGGAGCGCGGGACCUGCCCGGAGCCGGCGGAAGAUGGCGGGGGAAGGCGCCAGGCCGAGGCGACCCGAGAGGUGACGCGUCGCCCGCCGGCAGGGGAAGGGUCGCGGCCUCUCCCCUCCGCUGCGCGGCCAGUGGUAGGUCCUCACCGAGGGCGCGGAGUGACGCGGCGCGCGGGGCGGCCACCCUGGGACGCGGCGGCGGGCGGGGGAGCCUCGGCCCGCGAAGUUGUGGUGCGGCCGGCGGCGGAAGGAGUCCCAGGUGGGAGAGCGAGCGAGGCCGGGCCCCCCCACCUUGGGAGCGGGGGGGGGGGGGAGAGGGGGCCCGGGACGGAUGAGGCCGCCGCACCCGGAGGGUUGGGGAGCGCGAACACCAAGCGUGGAGGAAAAAGCCUGCAGCAGAUCCGUGUUAAGGACAACUGCCAUCAGAUUCUAAUCCUGAUGUCAUUCUUGUUAGUAUAUCUUGUUUGUCGGUUGCAUUCUGCGUUGGAAUUAAGGUCACAGUAUUUUGUGCUUUGGGGGUUCAUAAUGCAUUACGGGCAGUGUGGCACGUGUAAACUAGUGAGAUCUGCCAGUUCUAGAAGAAAAAUGACUGAAGCUAUUAGGAAAGGAAGAAGAACCACCCUUGACAUUGAGAAGCUGGCCCGGGGCUCACAGCUGGACCGUGUGACUCUGCCAGGAGACAAAAACAAUUUCCCAGAAUACCAGCCUCACACAAGCCUGCCCUGAAACCAGAAGAAAAUGAGACAAAGCCAGACCACUUCAUGGUUUUGGCCAAGCACAGACAAAAACAGGUCACUGUGCCACCCACAAAAUGCCACACACCUCCCCUCUCUUAGACCAAAUGAGUGACUGCUACUUCUUUACCAUGUACAGCUUUAUCCUCAUUCCAGUUUUCCCUUCCUGUAGAUGAGAUUCAAUUAAGACCCUCAAUCACAGAAUUGCCCCACUUUCCAACAGCACCCAAUCUGGAGGCCAUGUCUGCUUCCUUAGGCUCUCCCCCGGGUCACAUAACUGAAGCUUCCUUCUAACACUGUCUUACUAAGACCCAUGAUUUCCCAUAGCGUGUAUUCACCCUCCCUGCAACAAGUGACAAGUUGAACUUGUUCAACUACAGGUAUGUUUCUAGUAGACUUUGGCUGAAGCUUAUUGGCACUAUGCUUACACAUUCCAGUCUGGGUGUGCAUAGAGUUAUAAACAUCAUAUAUAUUUACAUAAAAUCAAGGUAGCAAGAAAUCUCAGGCAACUCAAACUCCAAAAUAUACUUUUGUGCCUGAACUAUCUGUAAAGAUAGGCUACCGUGAUCACAUGAAUCAGAUAAUUAGAUAAUUACAUAGUUUGCUGCAUGACAGAUGAAGCAAUUAUCAUACACUUCAGAAAAUUUUAAUAACUUGAUGUCUUCAUUACUCAUUUAAUUUACUUUCAUAUAAUACUAAUAUUUCAACAGUACAAUGCUUUUGAGAUGUGUGUUUUUAAGCCAUGAAUCACCUAGCAAGUCAAUAAAUUGAGAAAUGUUUCAAAUAUCGGCUACUUUUCAUUUAAAUAUUUAUGUUCAAAAGCAGGAUACAAACUUGUACAGAAAGUAUGGUCACAACUAAGAAGAAUAACAGAAAUAAAAGAC